GGGCCAUCUCCUCGGCCAAGCUCCCCGACAGGCAGCGCUUCCUCGGGCUGGCCGCGCUCGUCGAGGGGCUCUCCGCGCUCUGCGAGCUGCAGGCCCGGGCCGACGGCGUCGGUGGCGGCCUGGGCCUGGCGGGGCCGCUGCCCCAGGCGGCCGCGGGGCCGCUGUGCCCCCUGCUCCGGGUUCGCGUACCAGAUGGGCAUUGCCAGCGACGAGGGCUUCUUCGAGCUGCACCGCGGCUUCUAUGUGCGUCUCUCCGCGGCAGCCACGGUGUGGCUCCUGGGCGGGCCCGUCUCCAUGCUCUUCGCGCUGCUGCUGCCGGCCUGGCACAGGUUCAGGGCCGUCGCCGCGACGGACCUUGCGUCUCGCCUUGCGGCCCAGACGCUGCUCGCGUGGCUGUUCUGCGGCCCGCUCAGCCCCAUCGCCACUCCCGCGGGCCCCUUCGCGCGGGGCCCGCGCCCCGCGGGGGCCGGCGGCGCGGAGCUGGCGCAGCCUCCGGACGGUACUCCUCUGAUCUACCCUCAGGACAGGGCCGAGAGCUGACGGUGCCGCCGUCCCAGCAGCAGCGGCUCGCCUCCACCGCGGAACACCAGUGCCCAGCUCGAAGGGAAACUUUGGGGGGCUGCAAACUGCGAAACUGUCGGCCACGUUCGAUGGCUGCUGGGGGAGCCCGCGUAGUUGAUUCCUCAGCCGCAACAUUCCCGAUUCUGCCAGCAGGCGCGGUGCAUGUUUCACACGCAACAUUUGCGUUGCAGCUGAUUGGCAGCUUUGGUGCGGCCGCGCAGUAGUUAGGUGGGGCAGUACGGCUCCGAAAAUUGAAAGACGC